AUGGGAGUAGGAGACGAGAAGAGUUUGGAAGGCAAAUUACAAGGAAUCAAGUAUAGGAACGUUAUUCUAAACAUUAAUCUCUCAAAACACCGAAGGCAACCGGUGAAAAAAACCUCUCACCCGCAAACACAACAUCAGGCAGGUGGCCCUCCGCCUCCUCCUCUCCACCCACUGAAUGGAUGGAGAGAUAGACGAACUUUUGCUCAAGUUAUCUCAAAUACAGCCGCAACACUAGUACAAUCCACUGCUACUAUAAACUUAAACUCACAGACGUGCAUGAAGGAAUGA